GUGUGCGUGUGCUCAGCCUCAGCGUGAGGGGCACCUGCUCGUCUGGGCUCACAGCGGAGGCAGCCUUGCCGCGAGCUGCCGCUGCCGCUGCUGCCGCCACUGGUGCUGCAGCUCGCAGGCGCCAGGCUCCCCGUCGCCGCCGCCGCCGCCGACGCCGCCUCGCCAGCCAGAGUUGGGCUCCGUGGGCUUCCCCCCUCGCAGCCUGGGUCCUUCCCCGCUGCCUGCAAGUCAGCCUGGCUCCGAGUCACGUGUCAGUGCCUGAGGCAGAGACUGCGAGGAAAAAAACGCGCUUCAUUCCUUCUUCCACCGCCAUACUGUAUUUUAUACUAAAUCUCAUUUUUAUUACAACAUUUUACUCCCGCUCGGAUUAAAGCAAGGAGAGCCAAUCAUGACUGGCAAAACACAGACCAGCAAUGUCACCAAUAAGAAUGACCCCAAGUCCAUCAACUCCCGUGUUUUCAUUGGCAAUCUAAAUACGGCAAUUGUCAAGAAAGUUGACAUUGAAGCCAUUUUUUCAAAGUAUGGAAAAAUAGUUGGAUGUUCCGUUCACAAAGGUUAUGCAUUUGUACAGUACAUGAGUGAGCGACAUGCAAGAGCUGCAGUGGCUGGAGAAAAUGCCAGAGUCAUCGCCGGCCAACCACUUGAUAUCAACAUGGCAGGAGAGCCCAAACCAUACAGACCAAAACCUGGAAACAAGAGGCCCCUUUCUGCACUUUACAGACUUGAAUCAAAGGAACCUUUCCUGUCUGUUGGUGGUUAUGUCUUUGACUAUGAUUACUACAGAGAUGAUUUCUACAACCGGUUAUUUGAUUACCACGGGCGUGUGCCUCCACCUCCCCGUGCAGUAAUUCCACUGAAGCGUCCCAGAGUGGCAGUCACGACGACUCGCAGGGGGAAAGGAGUCUUUUCCAUGAAAGGUGGAUCGAGAUCUACUGCCAGUGGGUCAACAGGCUCUAAAUUGAAAUCAGAUGAGUUACAGACCAUCAAGAAAGAAUUAACCCAGAUCAAAACUAAAAUUGACUCCUUGCUAGGGCGCCUGGAGAAGAUUGAGAAACAGCAGAAGGCGGAGGCAGAAGCUCAGAAGAAGCAAUUGGAAGAGAGUCUAGUGCUGAUCCAAGAGGAAUGUGUGUCAGAGAUUGCAGAUCACUCUACAGAGGAGCCUGCUGAAGGAGGGCCAGAUGCUGAUGGAGAAGAGAUGACAGAUGGGAUAGAGGAGGACUUCGAUGAAGAUGGGGGUCAUGAGCUGUUUCUACAGAUAAAGUGAUCUGAAAUAACGCAUGAUGCCGCAAAGCAGAAGAGAAACUGUGACAACCCCCAGAAAUGUGAAAGGAGGUUUCUUACUGGACAGCAGCAUCUUUGGUUCAAUUUAUAUAAAAACCCAAAUAAAUAAAAUGGACAGUAUUGCUCAAUUUUAGAAAUUCCAUUUCUUCUAUGUUUUAAGCUGUACAAUUGUCAGGUUUUUAUGGUUUAAAUUGUAAAUGUGUUUUCCCCUUUGCUAAUUAUGUUUUUUUUUUUUAGUCUUAAAAUGUGAAAGGCAUUUAUGAAUGGUAAGGGAGACACUAUAUACAAAUGUAUAUUUGUAAAAGCUAUUUUUAUGAUUAGCAUGUUUCACUGUUGAUCAUAUAUAAAAGGUGAUAUUGCAAUUCUGUAUUUAAAGCUUAUUUCCAACAAUGUCAUGUAAGAAAAUAUGCAUCUUAUGCUAGUUUUUAUAAUUUAUUUUUAAUUUAUAGUUUAAAGUACUUGAGAUCAUAAUGAUAAAAUACUUGAAAAAGUUAUAUUUCUGCCCUGUAUAAGCACCCUUUUUAUUAAUAAAGAAUGCAGAUAUUUCAGAUGUGAUAUAAUAGUUAAAGAACUGUUGGUUUGAUCUGUGAUUAAGUUGAGCAUGCUCCGCUCUACAGAACUAAAAUGAUCCAAUUAUUACUUCAGUCUGGGUAUGAGAUUCCAUGGACAGGUUUUAGUGUUCAUACAAGUAAGGACUAAAUUGCCAAGGAAAAGACUGUCUUGCCCUUGGAUCCAAAAGUUUAAAUUAGUGCAUACUCAUGUCAUUUCACCUCCUGUUCCUAGGAACUCUCCAUUCCCAAGCAUUGCAAGUGUUUUCCAGAUAAUCUUAGCUGUUGUCUUGUGCUGUGGAAAUGGAAGAAACCAUCUUCACAGACUGUAGGAGAAUUCAGCAUAUAAUUUCUUAAUAAAUACAGUUUCUUUUAAAACAAAGUUG